UGUGGGCACCUUGAUACGAAAGAAAAUGAAAAAUUAUUGUUAUUGGAAAAAUUAGUGCUAUUCAAGCUGCAUAUACAAAAUGCACAUAAGAAUAAAGAGCUUUAAAAUCAGUGCGAAUUGUUAAUUUUGCCGCGCAAUCAACAAAAGAGCCCAACGAUCCACAAUAAAUUCAAGGAAUACAAUUUACUAGUUGCAGCCACCUUCGAAAAUAGCAACAACAACCACAUAACAUAACACACAUAUUUGUACACAAAAUGUUUGCACAAACGGAAUCCCAGAAAAGCAAUUUUCUGGAGCAGACAAAGGCAGCGAGAGAGGAGCGGGCGCUGGAGAAGCGACGAGAGGAAGCUGCCAUUCUGUUGCAGGCGACUCUCAAAGGAUAUGCAGCACGUCGAAAAUAUCAAAAACGCAUAGUCCAAGAUUUCGAUGCGCUUUUUGCGAGCAAUCAGGACGAGAAGGACACGGAUCCGUUGCUGCCUGCUGUCCACGUAUAUCCUGUGCUGCGUCGAUAUCUAACACAAAUCAAAUUGGACAAAAGCGAUGGUCGGAUGCGUGAGCGUCUAGAGUCCAUCUGUCGCUAUGUAAAUCGUGCCAUGGAAGUAGAGAAUCCAAAGCUCUCAUAUGCAGCUCUAUGUCUGCACAAGGAACGAAGUCUGCCGUGGAUUGGACACAUUAAACUGCUGCUAACAAACUGCCUGCUGCUGUUGCCGGAACUCAAGCCGGAGAAUCAUGCGGAUAGCAUAUCACUAGCACUCUUUCUGCACACUCUCAUUGUGUUCACAGCACCCAAAUCCUGGUCCAUCUUGCGUAAUCCACAAUUUGAGCGACUGCAGCCGACCAUGCAGAAGGUCUGCUGCAACAUUCAGGGUCACUUGGUGCAGCAUGGCUUCUACAAGACAAUGCGACUCAUUCUGCUGCGUGGCACUGCAAGGGAGGAACUGUCAGUUAAAACGGUGACACUUGUGGCCAUCAUCACGCUCUGUCUGCGUCCUCUCACCGAUGGCGAUUACAGUCGCAAUUUGAUUUCACAAUUUCUCAGCGAAAUAUUUUCGGUGCCAGCGCUUAUUUAUCAUUUAAACCAGAGCGUGCCGCAGUGCAUCGAGCAGUUCAGUUCGAUGUGCCUGCUGAAGCGGGCUUUAUCCAUAUCGGAGGACCUUCAGUGGUUCCAGGAAUUUGCCGCGAGCAUGUCAGGCACCAAGACACUUGCAUAUCUGGGCAACAUUGUGAACAUGUUCAACAUUGACAAUCAGGCCGAGGCCAAGCUGCUGGCAUUCCCGCUGCUGACUGAGACCAUCACAUCGCUGCUGGAGUUAAUACCCAACACGGUGACCACUAAAGGUGUUUUCACACAGUGGCACGAGUUGCUUGGCUGGCACACACCUUGCGCCGAGCCAGCACAGAAUCAAAAUGUUGCACUGAUUAAGAGACAAUUUCAUAUGCUGUGGGAUCAUCGCUGCAUUAAGCUGCUCCUGGGUGAUCUGCUCAAGAAAAUCAAUGAAAACUAUGAACGAAUUGAGUUCCAAUCACCGCAACAGCCCUCAACCAGCAAUCUGCUGCGUCGCGCCUUGGAAUGUAGCUCCACACGAGGCAGUGGAUUGCUGUCCAGCGCUGCCGGCAAACAGACGAAGGUGCAAUGGCGCAAGUUGGAUAAUAACGAUGUGGUUCAGGUGUCACGCAUUUGUGGCAUGUAUUAUGCGGCGUUAAGCACACUCUCCCAAAUGAGACUUGAUAUUCUGACGGGCAUUUGCUAUAAUGAUAAUGUGCUGUAUGAUAUUUGGCUGCUACUCACUUCACUGGGUCCCAAUUGCGGCAUGAAGGAUUAUCUGGAGCUGCUGCGUUGCGAGACGUCGGUGCAGAAGCCGCAGACAGCAAUGUUAAUGUUGUUCUGUGACUGCAUGACACACUACGUCACCAUUCUGGAUGAGUAUGAAAUGUACACGGAACAGAGUCCUUUUCGCCUCAACGACUAUGUUAUGCUAACGUAUUAUCUUAACAAUAUGCUGUACAAGCUCAUCAAUGACAACAUUUUGGGUGCCAAGAACAUUGUAAACAAUCCCGUAUUUGUUUCGCUUCAUACUUUGCUGCUUUGUCUUUAUCGUCGUGAUUGCCGACGUCCAUUUACCCCGCCUAAUCAUUGGCUUAUACCGGAGGUCAAGCCAUCGACAUUCAUCAACGAUCUGGAGAAGGCAAAGCGGAAUGCUAUGUUGCUGUUGGCCAAGAUGCCACACAUAAUACCACACGACGAUCGGGUUAAGCUCUUCCGCAAGUUUGUGCAAAAUGAGAAGGCUGUGAUGGGUCUGACGGAGAGUGCGUGUGCCUCGCCACGUUCAGCCUUGAUUGUCAUACAUCGAGAGCGCAUUGUUGAGGAUGGAUAUCGACAGUUGGCCGCACAGCCAACACAAGCCUUGAAGGGUGUAAUACGUGUGCGUUUUAUCAAUCAACAGGGAUUACACGAAGCGGGCAUUGAUCAGGAUGGUGUUUUCAAGGAGUUCCUCGAGGAGACCAUCAAGAAAGUGUUUGAUCCAUCGCUGAACCUAUUCAAGACCACCUCCGAUCAGCGUCUGUAUCCAUCGCCCAUCUCCUAUGUGCAGGACAAUCAUUUGCAGCUCUUUGAGUUCGUGGGUCGCAUGCUCGGCAAGGCUGUCUACGAGGGCAUCGUUGUGGACGUGCCAUUUGCAUCGUUCUUUCUCUCCCAGCUGCUGGGACAAACACAGCAGGCGCUGUACUCCUGCAUGGAUGAGCUCCCAUCGCUGGACAACGAACUGUAUCGCAGUCUGACCUUCAUCAAGCACUACAAACAGGAUGUGUCUGAUUUGAAUUUAACCUUCUCUGUGGACCAGGAUGUCAUGGGCAAGAUUGUCACCCACGAAUUGCAUCCAGGCGGCAAAGCUCGUGUGGUGAACGAUCACAACAAACUGGUCUAUAUACAUUACAUGGCCUACUUCCAUAUGAACACACAGAUACGCGAACAGACGCAGGCGUUCAAUCGUGGCUUUCGCAGCAUUGUCAAUCCCGAGUGGUUGUCGUUGUUCUCGCCGCCAGAACUGCAGCGUCUCAUCUCGGGCGAUACCGCGCCAUUGGAUCUAAGAGAUCUACGCAAGCAUACACAGUAUUAUGGUGGUUUCCAUGACUCACAUCGCGUUGUCGGCUGGCUCUGGGACAUUCUGGCCAAAGACUUUACUGAAGAAGAACGGAAACUGUUCCUUAAGUUUGUGACCAGCUGCUCCAAACCGCCACUUUUGGGCUUUGCCCAUCUGGAGCCGCCGUUUUCAAUACGCUGUGUGGAGGUGGGCGAUGACGAGGACACUGGCGAUACCAUUGGCAGCGUCAUCCGUGGUUUCUUUACCAUACGAAAAAAGGAUCCACUAAAUCGUUUGCCCACCUCGUCCACCUGUUUUAAUCUGCUAAAGUUGCCCAACUAUCAGAAAAAAUCAACGCUUAGGGAUAAACUACGCUAUGCCGUCAGCAGUAAUACAGGUUUCGAGUUGUCCUAAAGCUGGAGUUUGUCUAAGCCAAGUUGGUGCCACAUAUCACAGCGUGCUGAGCUUUCGGUGUUGUUAUCUCUUUUAAUUAUUAUUAUCAUUAACCCUUUAUGCAAAAUCUUGCUGAAAUACUGUUAUAUACAUAUAUAUUUAUAUUCCCACCCACUUCCCUUCCCGACGCACCACACCAUUUUAUAUUUUUAUCAACAUUUUUGCAUGUUGAAUUUUUUUGUAUUUGUAAGCAAUUUUCUCGCAAUUAUAUGUGCGUGUGUGUGUGUUAAGGUAUUUUAUGAAACCCAUUUUUAGAUAAAAAAAAAAGAAAGAAUAAACAAUUAUUACAAAUAUAAAUAUAUAUUUGAUUGUAUAUGUAUAAACGUAUAGCUGUGAUAAACAAAUUAUAAUAAACUAACGACAAAUACACAACAAGAAAAUACAAAGCUGAAUUGAAAAUACACAGAGUAUGAAUGGAAAAACUACAUAGUUAAUUUGAAAUUAUAAUAAUUAUAAAUUUAAACCGAAUUAAUUGUAUUAAUCAUAAUUGUGGCUUUUGUGUGAUGAAUAUUUAAUCCACAUAUGGCAUAAGUUAAAUGUAAAAAAACACACAAAACAAAUUUAACCAAAAGAAACAGCAACAAUAAAUCUAUAUGUCUGAUUCAUGUGUAAA